UGACACAAUAGCAGCUCCCUCCAAGAUGGCGGCGGCGACGGCGGAGCUGGGAGCUGGGAACCUGCAGGUUGGAGACUCCUCCGGCGGGGGCACUGGAUGCGGGCUGCCGUCCCCAGGGGAGCAGGAACUGAGCCGGCGCCUGCAGCGCCUGUAUCCCGCGGUCAACCAGCACGAGACGCCGCUGCCGCGUUCCUGGAGCCCCAAGGACAAGUACAACUACAUCGGCCUCUCCCAGGGCAACCUUCGCGUCCACUACAAAGGUCAUGGCAAAAAUCACAAAGAUGCAGCCUCAGUGCGUGCCACCCACCCCAUACCUGCUGCCUGUGGCAUUUAUUACUUUGAGGUGAAGAUUGUCAGCAAAGGAAGAGAUGGGUACAUGGGAAUAGGACUCUCAGCUCAAGGCGUCAACAUGAACAGACUUCCUGGUUGGGAUAAACAUUCCUAUGGUUACCAUGGUGAUGAUGGGCAUUCCUUCUGCUCCUCUGGGACUGGCCAGCCCUAUGGUCCCACAUUCACUACAGGAGACGUGAUUGGCUGCUGCGUCAACCUCAUCAAUGGCACUUGCUUCUACACCAAGAAUGGCCACAGCCUUGGUAUAGCCUUCACAGACCUCCCGGCCAACCUCUACCCCACCGUAGGCCUGCAGACACCUGGGGAGAUUGUGGACGCCAACUUUGGGCAGCAACCCUUCCUGUUUGACAUUGAGGACUACAUGCGGGAGUGGCGUGCCAAGGUCCAGGGUACUGUCCACUGCUUCCCCAUCAGUGCCCGGCUUGGCGAGUGGCAGGCGGUGCUGCAGAACAUGGUCUCAUCUUACCUGGUGCAUCAUGGGUAUUGUGCCACGGCCACAGCUUUUGCCCGAAUGACUGAAACCCCGAUUCAGGAAGAACAAGCGUCCAUAAAGAACAGACAAAAGAUCCAGAAGCUGGUGCUGGAGGGCCGUGUGGGUGAGGCCAUUGAGACCACACAGCGCUUCUACCCAGGGCUGCUGGAGCACAACCCCAACCUGCUCUUCAUGCUCAAGUGCCGACAGUUUGUGGAGAUGGUGAAUGGGACUGACAGUGAGGUCCGCAGCUUGAGCUCCCGAAGCCCCAAGUCCCAGGACAGCUACCCUGGCUCCCCAAGCCUCAGCCCCCGACACGGCCCCACUAGUUCCCACAUGCACAACACAGGAGCAGAUAGUCCCAGCUGCAGCAAUGGUGUCGCUUCCACCAAGAGCAAACAGAACCACAGUAAAUACCCUCCGCCCAGCUCCUCCUCUUCCUCGUCGUCGUCCUCGUCCUCCUCAUCUCCAUCCUCAGUCAAUUACUCCGAGUCCAACUCAACAGAUUCCACCAAGUCCCAGCCCCACAGCAGUACCAGUAACCAGGAGACCAGCGACAGUGAGAUGGAGAUGGAGGCGGAACAUUACCCCAAUGGUGUGCUGGAGAGCAUGUCCACACGCAUUGUCAAUGGUGCCUACAAGCAUGAAGACCUGCAGACGGAUGAGUCCAGCAUGGAUGAUGGGCAUCCUCGGCGGCAGCUCUGCGGGGGCAAUCAGGCGGCCACAGAAAGGAUUAUCCUGUUUGGCCGUGAGUUGCAGGCACUGAGUGAGCAGCUGGGCCGGGAAUACGGCAAGAAUUUGGCCCACACAGAGAUGCUGCAGGAUGCCUUUAGCCUGCUUGCGUACUCAGACCCCUGGAGCUGCCCAGUUGGCCAGCAGCUUGACCCCAUCCAGAGGGAGCCUGUAUGCGCUGCCCUCAACAGCGCCAUUUUAGAGUCUCAGAACCUGCCAAAGCAGCCCCCUCUGAUGCUCGCCUUGGGCCAGGCAUCUGAAUGUCUACGGCUCAUGGCCCGAGCGGGCCUGGGAUCUUGCUCCUUUGCCAGAGUCGACGACUACUUGCACUAGCUGACCACACUGUCUGGCCCCACCUGGCCCUCCCUCGGCCCCAGGGCUGGAGCAGCCCUGCCCUCCAUCGGCACCUGGUGCAGGGACCUGGAAGCCAUGGGCAGAGUCCACUCCUCCUGCCUGGCCUCCCCCGUUCCUCUCCUUCCUUCCCUUCCUUCCUUUCUUUUUCUCCCACCCUCAGUCUCUCUCUCUCCCCCCUUCAUGUGCAGCGGCCUAUGACACAGUAUUGUCUGGUUACUUCUAUUUUGAAAGAAGGGGUUUGUUUUGAGGAGAGGUUGGGGUUUUUUAAUCUCCCCCCCCCCGACUGAGCCACCAGUAUUUAUCUCUGGAGAGUUUGUGCUGAGCUGGUUUCUGCUAAUUUAGUGGUGAAGCCUAUCCAAGUUGGUGAUAGCUUAUUAUUUUCAUAAGUAAAAAAAAUGAGAUUAUAUAUAUAUAUAAAUAUAUAUAUUAAAAAAAGACACAGUAUUUAUCGUAGUGUUAGUGGUCCAGCACCUCUUGGGUGAAGCUGUCCAGACACCAUACGUUUUUGAGUCCAACUCAUUUAAAAAGAAUCAUCUCUGUCACCUCAGCCAAGUGAUUCGUUUAUUUCAGGCUUCCCCUUUGUUGAGCCACAGGCCCAGCUGCAGCCUAGGGAAGCCCAGUAGGCUUUGGGGGCCACAUAGUGGGCAGGUCAGGCUAAGCUGGUUUGCAGCAUCUGAGAGGUGUGGGUCCCUAGGCCCCUGAGAGCUGAACUGAGCAGAGAACUGCAGGGCCCAGGUCCAAAGAAGAGAUGAAUUGGCCCAGGGCUACACAGCAGAGCAAGGGAGUUAGAGGGUCCUUGGCUAGCACGCUAUCUACCAUUCUACCCUGCCUCUCACUGCCUGCCUUGCCUCUCUCUCUCUUCCCUUUUCAACAUCCUGCCUGCCUUUGUUGUUAAGAUGGCCAAAUAAUUCAUUUACUCUAAAUUGAUUGCCUGAGAGCUGCUGAGUGUCAGGCUGCGGGGAGGAAGUCUCCAUACCCAGGACAGAGGCCCUUGAGUACAGGGGCUGCCUUUUUCCUGCCUGGAUCUUCACCGUCUCUGCACAGCUCUGAUGGAAUUGAUGCUUUCUGUUGGAAAGCCAAGCCUUGUGGAGACAGAUUUUUGGGCUGCCAGUCGCUGGAUUGGAUGGAACCCUUGACCCCCUAGGCCAGGCCUCACUGUAGCUGUGCCAGGCAGCUCCUUUGCAGUUUGGCCCCGGCCACUCUUAGGAAAGACUGUUAAGAAUAUUUGCUGGCCAGAGGAAAGGACCUCAUGGGCUUUACAAAUGUCCCACCGUCCAUGUCAGACGGAUCCUCACAGCUCGUGGGUCAGAAACAGUCCCGGUACUGCCAUCAGGGAAUCAGGAGAGGAAGGGUUACGAUGCUGCCAGGACUUAGGCCGGCCAUCUGUGGAGAGGACAGACUGCCCAGGAGGAAGAAAGGGAAGAGGCCUCCCAGAGGAGCACCAGGAUGGGCUGGGACUUCCCCAUCGGCCUCACAGUGGGAGGGAGUACCCAAGCAGCCCCUGCAAAGGGGCAAGGUCAGAAGUCGAGCUUCCAGUCCCUGCCUGGAUCUGGGCUGGCCAAGCUUCUGCUUUCCAUCAGUGGAUUCAGGAAUAGUUGGUGUGGCCUGAGAUAUUCAGUGCCCACCAGGACUCGCUGGGCCUACAGCUGGACAACAAGAGAAAUGAUUGAGUUGGACUAACUGCUGGUGAUGGGCCCAGUGGCCCUGUGCUCUCCCAGAAUUCUGCCCUGGGACAUGAUCCUGUAGGCUGCUGCUUUUUUCUUGGUCCCUACUAGGGCCCCAGCUGGCAUCCCAGAGACUGCAACACAUCAGGGGAGUGUUGUCCUGUCUGUAAAGGAAAUUCAUCCUGUGCAAACUUGGGGAUGCCUAGCUUCCAAACCAAGAAGUUGGAAACAUCAGGCUCUUAAAAUGGUCAGAAGCAAGCAGGAUUGGGAAUUAAAACCAGAGGCUUUUGCAACUGGAACGAAGUUCAGAGAACAUCUACUCCAACAGUCCUCUCCUUUUAUAGAUAAGGAAACAGGCCCAGGAGGUUAAGUGACUUGGCCAAAGUCACACAAGAAAUUAGGGCAGAACUGGGACUAACCUCAUUCCUGAGGAUUGGACAACACUGUUUAGUCCUAAAGCUGAAUGGCGGGUGAGGGGUUAGGCUGGCGAGGCCUCCAGCAGUGUCUGCGCAGCUGGUACCUUCAGGGUGUGUCAGGGAUGGGGAUGGGUGCCUGGGCUUGGGUUGUAGAGCAGCUGAGCAGCCCAGGAGGGCUCAGGACAGCUGUGUGCUGCUUGGGGUUGGGUGUCCGCCUGCCUCAUACUCAGUACCCAUGGCCACCUCCCCAUUUUCUGUGCCUUAUCUCACUGUUUCAGCUGAGUCCAAGUUGUUUACUCUGUUCCUCUCCAGAGGGGCUUUCUGUCCCAGUUGGACAGCAUACCUUUGGGACAUAAGCCUUUGCCCCACAAGCCGUGGAGAGGUCCAAACUCAAGCUGCUUGAGCCCACUGUCUUGCUGACAGUCCAGGCCUGCCUGCCAGCCCGAGGAGCCCCUUAUGCACACCCAGUCCUGCCAGCCUGCUUCCGGGAGCCGAGAGUGGGGAAGGCACCUGGGAGGAGUCCCGGUGAAGAGCUGAACUUGAACCAAGGAGGCAGGAAGAAGACCUGGCUCUGUUGGGUUGUUCAGCCCUCGGGGAGCAGCCUUCCCUACUUACCUUUUCCUCUUGCUUCACCAAAUGGUCGCUCCUUCCAGAGCAGAAACUGGCGGACAUGCAAAGAAAGCCAGAACCCCUAUUCCUCACCUACAUGGGUCUGUGGCUGGGUGUCGGCCGGCAGAACAGGGACACCAAGAGAUGGAGAAGCGGGGACUGCCCAGCCUCCCAGCACCUUCCUACCCCUUAAGCAAGCACAAAGAAGAUGAGGCAGAGACCUGUCAGAGCUGAAAGUUCCUUUGGUCGCUCACAACUCAGGUAUGCACACUGUGUGGCAGCUGGGCAGGAGAGCCCUACUUGACCACCAGCCCCGUGCACACGGACCUGUGGCCAGAUUGUGGACUCUGGCUGCCUCAGGCGCCGCCUCUUUGCAUUGGGUUUUCCUCCAUUAGUAACUACAGCUGACACAGACGUCCUCCACAUCGUGCACACUGGUUUUGCCUUUGUCCUCGCAAGUUGAUACUUGGCAUUAGCAUGAAACUUGUGGGUGUGGGAGGGUUUAGAGAGAAUUCUAACACAAAACAUCCUAUUAAAUUGUACUUGAGAGAUGAAAAAACUCCUGUUGUAUUUUGACAGAAUUAUUUUUAUUAAAAUACACAUCCAUGAGUAGU